AUGUCCAACGUCAUGCAUGGGAACGGGGAAAGCAACAUGCUUUGGCACGUCCGGUGUUCUGUGACCUGCUUGCAGGGGUCGAGCAGAGGGCAGCCCUAUACCUUCAAGAUGGCUGCACCUGAGGGCCCCCGCGAGGGACCCCCCUCAGGGAAAUUCCUGACCGCGAUAAUUCCUUCCGUGCCGGGAAUCUCCCUGGAGUUUGCGCUCUGUCCUGUCCGGGCAAUCGAAAACUCCUUCUGCGACGCCACACCGACCCCGCCGCGCCCCAAAACGGAGGCCAGAGUCGAGCCCGGUGGGCGACCGGCGGGCAGUGGACUCGGCGGGCAGCAGCCGGGCCCUCGGGAGGCGGGGGCGGCCCCAGCGUCGCCGAGCCGCCAGAGCCGCGAUCCGCCAGUGCGCGCCGCGAUCUGCCCGUGGGCGCCGCGCUCGCAGGCUGCUCCCCAGGGGCCGGCGCAGCGGCGUUCGCCCGCCCAGGCUUUGUCGCUCGCCUCCAGCUGCAUCCGCCAGCCGUGGCCGCGCGGAACCUGCGGGCUGGCCCUGCGCGCCCCGUGGUCCUCCCUCCAGCCGCUCGCCGGGCCGCGGGAGCCCGAGCGCACAGCCACGGAGCAUCCUUCGCACGCCCCGGCCGCGCCACCGCCCAUGCUGCAGCCGGUCUGGGACAGCGACCCCGCGGCCGGAGCCCGCCGCUCGGUGACCUCUGCUCGGCCCCUGCGCGCUGCCCGAGAGGUUCCUGCUGAGCCCCGGACCCCGGCGUGGGACCCGCGCCCGGCGAUGGCUCAGUCAGUGCAGCGCGGCGCCCGGUGCCCGCCGUCCGCCCGCUGA